AUGUCCUAUCCGCAGGGCUACCUGUACCAAGCGCCCGGCUCGCUGGCGCUCUACUCGUGCCCGGCGUACGGCGCGUCCGCGCUGGCCGCGCCGCGCAGCGAGGAGCUGGCGCGCUCGGCGUCCGGCUCGGCUUUCAGCCCGUACCCGGGCUCGGCGGCCUUCACGGCGCAGGCGGCCACCGGCUUCGGCAGCCCGCUGCAGUACUCGGCGGACGCGGCGGCCGCCGCCGGCUUCCCGUCCUACAUGGGCGCGCCCUACGACGCACACACGACCGGGAUGACCGGCGCCAUUAGCUACCACCCGUAUGGCAGCGCGGCCUACCCAUACCAGCUCAACGACCCCGCGUACCGCAAGAACGCCACGCGGGACGCCACGGCCACGCUCAAGGCCUGGCUCAACGAGCACCGCAAGAACCCCUACCCCACCAAGGGCGAGAAGAUCAUGCUGGCCAUCAUCACCAAGAUGACCCUCACGCAGGUCUCCACCUGGUUCGCCAACGCGCGCCGGCGCCUCAAGAAGGAGAACAAGAUGACGUGGGCGCCGCGGAACAAAAGCGAGGACGAGGACGAAGACGAGGGCGACGCGGCGAGGGCCAAGGAGGGGAGUCCCGACAAGGCGCAGGAGGGCGCGGAGACCUCGGCGGAGGACGAAGGGAUCAGCCUGCACGUGGAUUCGCUCACGGAUCACUCCUGCUCGGCCGAGUCGGACGGGGAGAAGCUGCCGUGCCGCGCCGGGGACCCCCUGUGCGAAUCGGGCUCGGAGUGCAAGGACAAGUACGACGACCUGGAGGAUGAGGAGGACGACGAGGAGGAGGGCGUGCAGGACCUGGCGCCGCCCAAGCCCGUGACUUCGUCGCCGCUCACCGGCGUGGAGGCGCCGCUGCUGAGCCCCCCGCCCGAGGCCGCACCCCGCGGCGGCGGAGGCGGUGGAGGCAAGCCGCCCCUGGGCAGCCGGACGUCGCCUGGCGCGCAGCCGCAGGCCAGCAAGCCCAAGCUGUGGUCGCUGGCCGAGAUCGCCACGUCGGACCUCAAGCAGCCGAGCCUGGGCCCGGGCUGCGGGCCGCCGGGGAUGCCCGCGGCCGCUGCGCCCGCUCCGUCCGGGGCGCCGCCGAGCGGCUCGCCCUACCCCGCCUCGCCGCUGCUCGGCCGCCACCUGUACUACACGGCGCCCUUCUACAGCAGCUACACAAACUACGGGAACUUGAACGCCGCGCUGCAGGGCCAGGGGCUGCUGCGCUACAACUCGGCGGCCGCCGCCCCCAGCGAGGCGCUGCACGCCGCGCCCAAGGCGGCCAGCGACGCGGGAAAGGCGGGCGCACACCCGCUGGAGCCCCACUACCGGCCCCCGGGCGGCGGCUAUGAGCCCAAGAAAGAUGCCAGCGAGGGCUGCACCGUGGCUGGAGGCGGCGUCCAGCCCUACCUAUAGAACGCCGCACGGCGACGCACACACAAAGCCAUCAAGAAUACAUACAGACAAUGCCUGAGGAACCUUGUGCCUUCAAGGUGAGGGUCUAGGGUGUGGACGAACACUGUGCACACCUCCAGCCUCACAGAGCAGCAGUCUCUGUGUGUGAGAGGUGACCUUGAGCACCCAAAGACGUUCGCCGCGGCAAACCAAGGAGACCCGGAAGAAGACCUUCCCACAGACACCCCGAGGAAAAUGGAUCUGUGUGCCUUCUGGGACCCGGAAGCCAGGGCUCCGCCGCAGGAAGACCGCUUGGCUGGCCACGAGGUGCCUGCCCCUCUCCCCCGCCAUGCUCCGGGAUGAUGGGGGCCUCUCCACCGGCGACAACCCGGAGCUGCUCCGGAGAUUAGCAAGGCACAAGAAGCCUCUUUGAUGUUGCUACACACAACACAUCAUCAGAGAUUUCCAUAACUUACCCACCCUGUCAGCUGACCCGAACUGCUUUCUGCAGGACUUGAUUUCAAAAUACAUAAGGACAGAAAACCUGCAGGUGUUUGCGGGGGUCGAUUUAAAGUGUGUGUGUGUGUGUGUGUGCGAGCGCGCGCGCGAGCCAGAGAGAGACAGAGCCAGAGAGAAAGAGCGAAAACUAACCAGGGGAAGGGACCACGCUUAAGGCGUCUGGGUUUUAUAUCUGGAUUUCACAGGAGCUCACCAAAACCCACUUGUUAGAGAGAAAGGAUGCACGUGUUGACCAGGAGGCCCGCAUUCGCUGGGGUCUCCCGGGACAGCUGCCAUCUCCAGGCGCUGCGAGGCACUGACGUGGCGCCGGGUG